AUGGGCGUCCGGGGGCCCCUGCGGGCGGCCGCGCCGCUCCUGCGCUCCAGCGAGGUUCCCCCCGGCGUGGCCGAGCGCUUCAUCCUGAGCGGCUACCGCUGCCCGGGCUCCUCGGCCGCCCAGUGCCUCCUCUCCGCCUUCCGGGCCACCAACGAGACGGGCAACUUCUGGACCCACUUCGUGGCGCUCUUCGUCUUCGCCUUCCACGCGCUGGAGGCCUUCGGGGGCCCCGGGCGCCCCCUCCCCGCCGGGCCCCUGGAGCCCUUCUACUACCCGCUGUGGAGCUACUGCCUGGGCGUCUGCGGGCUCCUGGCGGGCAGCAGCCUGGCGCAUCUCUUCAACGCGCUGUCGCUGCCCGUGCGGGAGAUCUGCUUCUACGUCGACUACGGCACCAUCAGCGCCUACACGGUGGGCGCCUCCCUGGCCUACUUCUACUACGUGUGGCCGGACGCGGGCCCCGGCCCCUCCUCGGGCUGCCCGGGGGGCGCCGCCCGGCUCCGCGCCUGGUGUGAGGCCCUGUACGUGCCCGCCUCUUGCCUGGCGGCCCUCGUCUGCACGCUGGGCUGCUGCAGCACCCGCCGCCGCCGCCCCCGCCGCCGCUACCUGCUCCGCACGCUGAUCUUCCUGCUGCCCUUCCUGGUGGUCUCCCUGCCGGUCUUCCAGAAGCUGUGGGGGCCGGGGGGCAGCCCGGGGACCGUCCGGCGCUUCCUGCGCCACUGCCUGUGGCUGCUGGCCUCGGCGGCCUUCAACGUCAGCAAGGCCCCCGAGCGCUUCAGCCCGGGGAGGUUCGACAUCUGGGGCCACAGCCACCAGUGGCUGCACUGCUGCUCCUUCAUGAGCAUCCUGGAGGAGCUGCGCAUGAUCCGGGGGGAGAUGGAGCUGCUGGCGGGGGGGCCGCCCCUCCGCCCCUCCAGGGCCCCCACCUUCCUCUCCACCUUCGGGGUGAUGCUGCUGGCGCUGGCCUUGCUCGGCACCAUCGUCGCCUGGUUCGGGGUCCGGGCACACGGGGGCCGCGGCCAGAGCGAAGGCCGCAAGGGGGACUGA